AUGAGGAGGUUUUUGGUUCCUAGAACAAGUAUUGAGAAAAUGAAUGUUAAGCAACCGGAAGUCGAAGUAGAAGAAACACCCCCUAAUGUGGCCAACCAGUUUAAUCCAAAUGAGAUUGUGCGUGAUCCAAGAUGUAGGAAACAAAUUCAUGAGUAUGCUCCGGAUAUUCAAGACCAAGUGAGGAGGGCAUAUAUAUUGAAGGGUCUAACGCAACCAGAUUUAGCAAGAUUUCCUCGUACUCAAUUUGGAAGUAUUCAAGAGCAUUUUGUAAAGCAUGGUAUAAGAAUUAUACAUGGAUUGAAUACACCUCCCGGGAGGGCCGAACACUUUGGUUAUGAAGUCUUCAACAAAGACGGAUUUCAGGAUUGGAAGCAUGCAUCUAAAGGCUUUAAAGAUCAUAUUGGUAGUCAUGAUAGUAAGCACAACUCAUGUGUGAAGCACUAUGAUGAUUAUAAUAAUAAAAGACAAAGUGUGACAAGUAUCUUUGCUAGAGCAACUAGGAAAUCAGAAGAAUUGUAUAAGAUUCGUUUAACUUGUUCUUUAGAUUGUACUAGAUAUCUCUUAGCACAAGGCAUUGCUUUUCGUGGCCAUGAUGAAAGCUCUACUUCUCUAAACAAGAGAAAUUUUAGAGAGAUGGUGGAUUGGGUAAAAUCUAAUGAUGAAAAAGUAAGAGAUGCUUUUGAUUGUGGUCCAAAAAAUUGCACUAUGACUUCUGGUGACAUUCAAAAGGAGCUUGCAACGUGUUGUGCACAUGAAGUUACGAAGGUGAUUAUGGAAGAGCUUGGUGAUAGACAAUUCUCUGUGCUUAUUGAUGAGUCACGUGAUAUAUCUGUCAAAGAACAAAUGGCAGUGAUGUUGAGGUUCUUGAAUGACAAAGGGAAAGUUAUGGAACAAUUUAUUGCUCUACAUCAUGUCAAAUAUACUACAUCAGAGGCACUAAAGGAUGCUCUUUAUGGUAUUCUCGAUCGUCAUACGUUAUCUAUUUCAAAGAUACGAGGGCAAGGAUAUGAUGGGGCUUCAAAUAUGAGAGGUGAGUUUAAUGGUUUACAAAGAAAGAUUAUAGAUGAAAACCCUUAUGCUUUCUAUGUCCAUUGUUAUGCUCACCGUUUGCAAUUGGUGGUUGUGUUUGUUGCUAGUAGUUGCUCAUCUAUUCAUGAUUUCUUUGAGUACAUCUCCUUGAUUGUAACCACAACAAGUGCAUCUUGCAAGAGAAAGGAUGCUUUGAAGGAGGCACAACACCAAGAUAUUUUGAAUAAACUUGAGAGUGGUGAGAUAUCUCAAGGAAAGGGUUUGCACCAAUCAUCUAGUCUCGCUAGACCCGGAGAUACUAGAUGGGAUUCACAUUAUACUACCUUGAUUCGUUUGGAUCAGAUGUGGUCCUCCGUGUUAGAGGUGCUUAGUAUUGUUGAUGAAGAUGGACGUGAACCAUCUCAAGCGGCGGGUGGAGAGCUUUAA